AACAGUUGAAUGGUUUUAACAAUUUCUUCCGUUUGGUCUCGUCAAAAUGUUUCAUGUCGACCACGUGGACGACCCCACUCAAUAACCGACCAGAAAAUGUUGAUGGCCUGCGCGAUCUUGAAACACGUCAGAAAUACGCAUUCGAAAUCCCCGCACAUCUAUAUUAUCUAAUGUGUCGGACAGUUUCAAUCUUCGGGCGGACGAUUUUCUUUUCUCCUUGAAAUUUCACACGAAGCCAAGAAAACAUGCUCAACGUCAUUUCUUCGCUGAUCGCGCAACUGCGUGGGAAGUCCUGCUACAACGACUACAUCAACUCUUGCAUCGCACGACUGUACAAGAAUCUUCGAACGAAGAAUAUUGGAAACACUGGUCAAGUCACUCAUGCCUACACUAGGUACAGAAUCCGUAAACUCCUUGCCCGACGAAUCAAAGUGCAAAAGAAAUGGACGACGUUGAAUCAAAAGCUCGUGAAGUACGAAUCAGUGUAUCUCAAGUGCAUCGAGUUGAAGUAUCUGAGACUGAAGGCGAAAUUGGCCCGGAACAAACGCGUAGAAAGAGGAGUAUUGAAAGAUCAAAUGAAUACGACCUUCCUCGACAUGUCCACUUCUGCGAUCAAUAAAAGGGACAGCAUGUUGGAGAAAAUCCGCGAGCGGAACGAAUCGAUCAACGCGAAACUGAAAAUCAUCGAAGAGGUGUCCCAGGAAAUAUUGAAGGAAGGGAUAGUGCAAUACGUCGAAGAGCAGUUCUCGCCCACAACGUCGACAGACGAGGAUACCGACGAUUAACUCAGCGGCUUCUGUAUCACCGGAAGGAGAAGAAUCAAAAUUUGCCGGAAAUUAUAAUUACAUUCUGCCCCUGUCUUCAAUAUUCUGGUAUGAAGCCAUGAGUUGAAGCUGGAAUGAGCAUCAGUUCAAAAAACUUCUUCAUUUGAAUGCUACGUGAUUGGUUGGAAGAAACCACUGAGCCAAUACGGCGUUGCAAAUAAAGGUGUUUUUGCAUUGAACAAA